GAUCUACAACGAGAAGAUCCGCGACCUUCUUCGAUCGGGUCAAGAGCAGCAGCUGCGACUCGAGGUCCGAGCCAACCCGAAGUACGGAAACUUUGUGUAUGGUCUGAAGGAAGUUCCCGUCAUGGACUGGCAGAACCUGAAGCAGUGGCUUGACUUUGGCGUGAAAGCCCGGGCCGUGGCCAACACUUCCAUGAACGCUACCUCAAGCCGGUCUCACUGCAUCUUCAGCAUGGAGGUCGUGCACAAGAUGCGAUCAGGUGGAGCCCGUACGCAACUCCGGUCCAAGUUGAACUUGGUGGAUCUUGCCGGGUCCGAGCGGCAGAAGAAGACCCAAGCUACCGGUACCAGAUUGAAAGAAGGAGCCAUGAUCAAUCAGAGCUUGUCCAACCUCGCACUCGUCAUUAGCAGACUUGCGGAGUUCGCAAACUUAUCCGAGAAGAACAAGGAAAAGAAAGCCAUGGAGUACGCUCCUUUCAGGAGCUCGAAGCUGACCUUUCUGCUGGAGGAUUCAUUGCGGGGCAACUCCAAGACUGUGAUGAUUGCAGCGCUUUCUCCCGCCGAGUUCAACUAUGAAGAAACCUUGAGCACCCUGCUGUUCGCGCAAAGUGUGAAGGCUGUGAAGACCAACGCGAAGAAGAACGAGAAUUUGGAGGACAAUCUGAUCCAGGAUCUCGAGGCGGAGUGCGAGCGGCUGCGCCAGUUGGUGAACAUGGAUGCAGGAAACAGCCAACUGCAAGAGCUUGCUGCCCUGGAGGAAAUGCAGAGGAAGUAUGGGCGAGACUUCGAAGAGCAGUUGAAGUUGGCCGAAGACCUGCAGAAGCAGAGGGAGACCCUCUUGGCGGAUGCUGGCCUGACUGCCAAG